UAAAGUCGGUAUCCCGCCGUAGCGGUUCACGCUCUAUCCCUCUGACUCACACAGGAAAUCUAAACGACUAUGUCCACGCUGUUGUGCCUGCUCUGACGAAGGAAGCGAUGGACUAUUUUGCCGAGCUCCACCAUGAUUUUCUAACAUUUUUUUUAUUCUGAUAUUCCUGUGCGUCUGUGUGUUUUCAGACCAGCGAUGGUUAUCAUGGCCGAGAAAUCGAAGGGGCAUAUCCGUGUGGGAUUUUAUGACAUAGAACGAACCAUCGGUAAGGGGAACUUUGCCGUGGUGAAACUAGCUCGCCACCGGAUAACUAAAUCGGAGGUUGCCAUCAAAAUCAUUGACAAAUCUCAGCUGGACGAGACGAAUCUUAAAAAGGUUUACCGCGAAGUCCAGAUUAUGAAGCUUUUGAAUCAUCCAAAUGUCGUCAAGCUUUACCAGGUUAUGGAAACCAAAAGUAUGCUUUAUUUGGUCACCGAGUAUGCCAGCAAUGGAGAAAUGUUUGACUAUCUAGCAAAUCAUGGAAGAUAUGAAAAGGAGGCACGGAAGAAAUUUUGGCAGAUUGUUGCGGCCGUGGAUUACUGUCAUAAUCGGCAUGUAGUGCAUAGAGAUUUAAAGGCUGAGAAUCUUCUGUUGGAUGGCAAUAUGAACAUUAAAAUUGCUGACUUUGGGUUCAGUAACUAUUAUAAAGCAGGUGAACACCUCGCAACGUGGUGUGGGAGUCCGCCCUAUGCUGCCCCAGAGGUGUUUGAGGGUAGGAAGUAUGACGGGCCACGACUUGACAUUUGGAGUCUUGGUGUUGUAUUAUAUGUAUUAGUCUGCGGUGCUCUACCCUUUGAUGGCAAUAGGCUGCACCAGCUCAAAGAACGCGUCCUUGCGGGAAGGUUUCGCAUACCGUUUUUCAUGUCAACGGAAUGCGAGACUCUAAUCAGGAGGAUGUUGGUUAUAGAUCCCGCUAAGAGGUACACCAUAGAGCAGAUUAAGAGACACAAGUGGAUGUUGAUGGACAUGGGACGUCCCCGAAACCUUGUAUUUCCCGAUCAGAUUCCCGACAGUACGCGAGGCGAGUAUAACGAGCAAGUAUUACGACUGAUGCAGAGUCUGGGCAUUGAUCAGCAGAAAACAAAAGAGUCGCUGAAUAAAGAGGCUUAUGACCACUACACCGCAAUAUAUCAUUUAUUAGUGGAAAGACUCAAGCAUCAUAGGAGUAGCUUUCCAGUCGAAAACCGAAUGGAUGCAAGAAAACGUAGACCAAGUAGCAUAGCAGAACAAGCGAUGAUCAACCACAAUGCUACAACCAGCAACCACCGACCACUGCCGCACCAACAUUCAGUACCAUCACAGCCAACUUAUUGUACAAUGAGCUUUGGACCGCAUCUGGGACCACAGUUAGAACAGCCUCCAGUAAUCAGCUCUGAACGAGUGGAGAGAAAAUUGACUCAUCAAAUGGCAUUAAGCGAAAGCGAAAAUGUGCCGAUACCGCCGGGUGUUAGCGGCUCAAUGCUGGAUUCCUUGCCGAUGCCGGUAAUUAGGAAAGUGAGGUCUAUGUCACCGCACACCAUGAUGGUGACGUCAAUCGACGAGGGGGUGGAAGUUGAUAUGUCAGAACCAGAAAGUGAUAAACAAACUGAUAGCUACUGUUCGUAUAGGAGGCAGACUUACGGUGAUAGCUGCCAGAACUCUAUUUCAUCGGACACCAGCAUCAAUAGCUUUGGAACAGAUAACGGAUCUGUGCUGACAAUUGACUCACAAUGUGAUAUGGAACUCAUGCAAACUCUUAUGCAGAACCAAUCUGGGGGGAAAUUCCCCGCCCAUGUACCAUGCAACUCCCCCAACAUGUCGCCCCCGCUCGACGAAAUUCUGAACAUGGACUUGAAAAGCACUCAACAUGUUGGUCAGGAUUGCCACCGUCUGUGCACAUCCCCGAUUAGUUUUCGAGAAGGUCGGAGAGCAUCUGAUGGUGUUCUUACUGCAGGUGCAAUAGCAUUCAGACAGCAGCUGAAGGACCUGACUCAAGUUAAAGGGGUGCUCGAACUUCAUAAUGAGCAAAAUUGUUUACAAGACAUAGGCGUAAACACUUGUAGAGAUCGGCCAGUGUCGCCACUAUCAACAAUGACUGGGCACUAUCAAGAGUUAGUGUCGGACACGGAAGAAUUUAAUUUGCAGCAUCAACAGGGUCCAAAUCAGCCGCAGACGUGGCGUCAUCUCCCGGGUGAAUCAUUCCCAGAGAAACAGCAGCAGCUGAUUGCAAUGAAUCGCAACAUGCACACCGAGCCGUCAUUCUUUGAUCGCUCGCAAACCAUUGAGGAACAGCCUCAGAACUUGAUUGCUAUGAAGCAGGCCAGUGCAAAGACGCUGCAGCAGCAACUGAUGCAGCAUCAGCUUUUUCAAAAAAGACAGGUUAUGCAGAAACAGGCGCAGAUGCAUCAACAGUUUCAGCAGAUGCAGUUGGAUCUGAGGCAUUCACCUACGUUGGAGCGUCGGCCACCCCCUCCAAUGAGACAGGACUCAUACAAACUUGCCCAACAGCACCCACUUAUACCUCAGCUAUCGAUAGAAAAAUCACCACACCAGCUAGCUAUAGAGAACACGUCAGCUAGCGUUCUGAGACAAGACUCGUAUGAGAAGGCUCAGCAGCAUCAGGUGCUGCCACCGACGCCCCCACAAAAACAGAGUCUGGAGGAACUCGAUGAAAGCAUGGACACAUCAGAUGGACUUAGCAAUCAGUCUGGCAACUCCCUCGUGGCAUGUUGAUGUAAUUAGAACCACCAGGUCCAAUAGGGACAUUUCGGUAACAUAUGUUCACUCCUACGUAGGUCUGAUACUGGUACUAAACCUACCAACCAUGGAUGAACGACACUCGUUAUCCAUGAAUUAAUAUUGACCAUGUGAUGCACGAGACAAGACAAGGCGUGACGAGACAUAGUGCUAUUUAAUGUCUAUAGCAGUGUUGAAAGCUAUGGAGUUGUGUAAGUGUAUGCUCUCACCAUUCUGAAAGAGGUGGCAACUAACACGAUAAUUUUAAAUAGUGAUUGUGAAAGAAUCAACUGGUUGGGUGAUAAUGAUAAUCAUACUCAUUGCUUUGGCCUUGAGUAAAUUUCUCUGCGGAAAUAACAACGUCAAUAAACCAUGUGAAAGAAAAACAUUGUGACAUUUCAGAGAAGAUGAAUACAUUCAUGUGUGGAUGAUAUCAGAAAGUUAUUUGAAUAUAUCUUCACUUUUUAAUUGCUAUUCAAUAUUUUUCAGAAGAAUUUCCACUGGAACUGCACUGUCAUCUUAUUAUGUAAUAUUAGAGAUACACUUUGUAAUUAUCAAUGAUCUUUUCAUUGUUUUUUUUUUGUUUUUUGGAAUAUAAUUUACAUAUCAAAGUAUCCCAUCCAGCCAUUUAUGAAAAGUGCUCAUAUGACCAUUUAUGGAAUCAGUGCUGCCAUUUAUGAAAUCAGUGCUGCCAUUUAUGGAAUCAGUGCUGCCAUUUAUGGAAUCAGUGCUGCCAUUUAUGGAAUCAGUGCUGCUAUUUAUGGAAUCAGUGCUGCCAUUCGUGGGGGCAUUAUUUCCAUUCAUGGAACAACUAUGAAAACAAUUAUAACAACAAAAUUGGAAAUUACUAUAAAAAAAAUCAACAGCACUGAAAUCAAAGAGAAUCUUUCAAAAUUGUUUAUGGAAACCUUGGCCUAAAUUUAUCAACAAAAUGGCAACACAAGUUUC